ACGAGCUCUGUUUAGGUCACGUGUAGCCGGCGCAGGGCAGCAUGGCGGAGGGUUCUAGAAAACCGCAGCCUGGCAGUGGCAAGAAUCGUCCACGGGAAACCAAGCCUGUGGAUGAAUCCGAGCUGCUCACCGUUCCUGAUGGCUGGAAAGAAGAGCCGUUCACUAAGGACGACAACCCAAAGGGGCUGCUGGAGGAGAGCAGCUUUGCCACCUUGUUCCCCAAAUACAGAGAAGCUUACCUCAAAGAGUGUUGGCCCCUAGUUCAGAAGGCGCUAAAUGAGUAUUCUGUGAAAGCAGAAUUAGAUUUAAUUGAAGGCAGCAUGACUGUUACCACUACUAAGAAGACGUAUGAUCCUUAUAUUAUAAUACGAGCAAGAGACUUGAUAAAAAUGCUAGCCAGAAGUGUGCCCUUUGAGCAGGCUGUGAGAAUCCUCCAGGAUGACAUGGCCUGUGACAUAAUUAAAAUUGGAACAUUGGUCCGAAACAGGGAGAGACUUAUUAAGAGGAGACAGCGGCUUCUGGGACCGAAGGGAUCAACUCUGAAGGCUCUGGAGCUGCUUACCAACUGUUACAUAAUGGUCCAGGGGAACACCGUGUCUGCUCUGGGGCCCUUCAGUGGCCUUAAAGAGGUCAGGAAAGUUGUUCUGGAAACAAUAAAGAACGUUCAUCCCAUUUAUAACAUAAAGGCCCUAAUGAUCAAACGAGAGCUGGCUAAAGAUCCAGAAUUGAGGACAAAAAGUUGGGACAGGUUUCUACCAAAGUUCAAGCACAAGAAUGUGAGCAAGAGGAAAGAACCAAAGAAGAAAAGGAUAAAGAAAGAGUAUACACCGUUCCCACCUCCUCAGCCUGACAGCAAGAUUGACAAAGAAAUUGAAAGUGGUGAAUAUUUCUUGAGAAAAAGCCAAAAGAGGAAGAAGAAACUGGACGAUAUAAGGACGAAACAAGCUGAAGCAGUGUCAAGGAGGCAAGAAGAGAGAAACAAAGCAUUUAUCCCUCCUGAGGAAAAACCUGUCCAAGAACCUAAGGAAGUUGCUGCUUCCACAAAGAUUGAUGUGAAUGCCAUUAAAGAAAAGGUAAAGAAAGCUAAAAGCAAGAAACUUGGUGCCCUCCCUGAGGAAGUAAAACAGAGGCUGCUGGAUGCCGACAAGAAAAAGACGAAAAAGAAGAAAUGAAAGUACUGUAUCAUCUUGGGUCUUUGAACUCUGCAAUCUGAUUCAUUUUCUUCCUAGGUGGAAGAGAUUUUUUUCUUUUUAUUUUUGUCCCUAAUCAAAUCAAUUUCUUCAAAGAAGAUGGGAGACUCCCAGGACUCUGUAUUACCUUGUGUUGCACCUGUCAUGUUUGUACAGUUAUUUGUAAUACUGUGAACUUUUCAACCACAUCAUAUUUGUCUUCGAUCUAGAUCAUAUUUGUAAAGGGUAUAGCAGGAAAACUGUUCCAGGUGUACCAGUCUCAGUUUUAUACCAGAUGUGUAAUUAAAGGGUAUGUCUAUGUUUUGAGCACCUUUUACUGGUUAUUUAGAGUAUACACAUAAUAUAUAAUGAAAUUAUUAGUAUAGUAACUACAUUGCUUUACUUUUCCUGUAAAGAACCUGAGUUACAGCCUGUAUAUAGCUU